UAUUUGGCAAUCGAAAAUAAACGGCGCGAUAAUGCGCGCGCGCUGACGCUACCGCGCACGCGAGUAAACGAAAUGGUGGAGGGGCAGCUACGUGGAGUGAGAAAGGUUGGCCACUGAAUCAACUCGUCGAGGCGACCACGUGCCGCGGCGAUAAAAGUGCGUACGAUCCUACCCGUUCACAAACAAUCCGGACGAGUGACGGUGCAGUGCACUGUGCUUCUCCAUCGUGCCUUUCAAUCGAUUCUCGAUCGUCACCUCUCGAUCGUCACCUCUCGAUCUCUGGCUGCGCGCGGUGUGUACAGUGAUUGUGUGAAUACAGCUCUGGUGAUCAUGUCCUCUAACAAUUUGCGCUCAGGGUUUAAGAAAUUGAUGCACGGCGAGGGGGCCUUGAAAAAUACCGUGCUGACCGCUCUGGCGGAGAUGAUUGGCACUUCCAUGUUGGUGUUCCUUGGAUGUAUGGGAUGCGUUGGAAGCCUUGGUGUCGUUCCUUCUCAUUUCCAAAUAGCCUUAACCUUCGGCCUGGCUGUGAUGAUUGUGAUUCAGUCUCUUGGCCACAUCAGUUUAGCUCACAUUAACCCUGCCAUCACGGUGGGAUCGGUUGUGCUUGGCAUGAAGACUAUUCCCGAAGGUUUGGUGUAUCUCCUGUCUCAAGUAGUUGGUGGAGUCUUAGGAUUUGGAAUGUUAAAGGUGGUGACUCCGGCGGGACGGUUGACCGGCAAAAGCGCGGACGAGGCGGACAUGUUUUGCGUGACCGAUCUGCACACCGAGCUGUCCGCCAUCCAGGGCCUCCUUCUCGAAGGCAUUUCCACCGCCGUGCUGAUGCUGGUCGCGUGCGCCGUGUGGGACAGCAGGAACGCGAAAAACACGGACUCGGUGCCAAUCAGAUUCGGAUUGACGGUGGCCGCUCUCGCUCUCGCCGUCGGCCCGUACACGGGAUGCAGCAUGAACCCGGCCAGGUCGUUGGCACCGGCGCUCUGGAACAAUCAGUGGUCCCAUCACUGGAUCUACUGGUUCGGCCCCAUCGGUGGCGCCCUUCUGUCGUCCUUCACGUACAAAACCAUCUUCGGCGUGAAGAGGAAGAAGCAGGAGGAGCCUGCCGCAGAGGCUGUUGCGUUGAACAGCGUGGACACCCAGAAGGCCGAGCCGUGAUACGAUAUUUGAAGAGGGCCAAUCGGGAGCAUCCAGGCGUACGAGACGAUCGGCACUUUAUUCGAGAAAGUACAAGAGAUUAAGUGUUUAAAUGGAGGGAUGCGGAAGGAUCGAAUGGAAGCUUGAAACUCGAUACAUGAUCACCUGGGCCUGGGGGGUCAUCAUGUGCCGCCAUCUUGGAUCUCGAACACCUCCGUUUUUUCCUUCGAUCGUAUCGCGCUCGAACGAUUCACGAGAUCGCAAGACUGUGUAAUUCG